AUGUAUGAUUUGGUGCUGAACGAGAAACACUUAGCGGGAGAAAUUGUGGAUGAGCUUCGCGAAAAAACAAAUGCUUCCUUAGUCUCAUGUAUUGAAGCAGCUAAAGCCGUAAUGGUUUCACUAUCAAAAUUUGUUAAAACCGACGAGUUUUCGAAAAUCCAUGAUGCUAUAGAUUCCUAUGAAGUUGAUAUUGAAAACAGUUAUGACGGGAAAAGUUUAACGUACAUAGUUCAAGAGCUUACAAGUUUAAUCACUCAAAAGGCUGAAUAUAACUAUGCUUAUACCGACAACGACCCUGUUAUCAAGCAAUUGCUACAGAUAUUCCGAGACUUUGUGAGCAAAACCGAAAGCAAAAUCCCUGUUCAUGUUAUAAAACGAGAUGAUUACAGCCUUCUUGCAUGUUUGGUAGAGUUUUAUCAGAUGGAGCAAUCAACGGAACUGCGGUUCGAAACUUUAAAAUCCAUUCAGAGUCUUCUUAAGUUUUGUGAAGACCUGACAGAUUUUUUCCUAGAUUCAAAUCUCUCCAUGACAAUUGUCCAAAAGAUAUCUUACCGACAACAACCCUUCGAAGAAAUGCAGCUUUUGGCAUUGGAUGUGCUCACAAAAAUGUACUCCAUAGGAAAAAGCCCACCCUUGGGUCAUUUCGACUAUAUAAAUGUGGAGUUUUUCGAAAAGCUUCUCACACUCUUACAUUUCCAUCCGAUUGAACUGAUGGACUUUUUUGUCGCCUUCAAUAGCAUCAUACCGACGGAAGUAAAUAAUCCAAUCCUGGAAGCAAUGUCCCGAGAUGUUUCUCCUAUAUUUGGAGAAUUCUACAUCAAAAGCUUGAACAAACAGCCAACAUGGAAUCGAUUGAAGCUUCUGGUAGCUUUAUGUCAGGAUACAAUUCUAUCUAUUCAUAAUAUUUUCUACGACAACGAUAUGGAAGUACUCUGCAACAUCUUAGCGAGAGAAUUAAAAGAUUCUAAUGAUGAAAAGAUCAGACUUGUUUGUUAUGAAGCUGUGAAAGAACUCUGCAAGCGAGGAGUUAGGAACCUAGUUCUCGAGGACGCUAUCAGAGACUCAGUUCUUGAUUCGAAAUCCAAAGAAGAAUUUCAAUCCUUAAUUAAUUAG